AUGAAAUCUUUCCUCAUUUCUUUGGCCGUGGCGCUCCCAUGCGUCUUGGCGGGCGCGACACCGUUUGAUGGCAUUCCCAGUGUGGGAGUGCUGUACCGUGACGACGUCAAGAAACACUAUUGCAGCGCCAGCGUCAUCGCAAGCAAGAAUGGCAACGUCAUCCUCACGGCCGCGCACUGCAUCAGCGGAACGGGAGGUGGCAUCCGCUUCGCACCCGGCUAUCACGACGGCAAGGCGCCGUAUGGCACGUACCCUGUAACCGCCGCUUACGUCCACCCGAACUGGAACAAGAACCACAACAUCAACCAUGACUACGCUUUCCUCACUCUCGGAAAGGGCACCCAUAAUGGAAAAUCGGUCACCGUCCAAUCUGUAGUUGGGGCCAACAAAUUGGUCACCACCGCUGGCUACAAAAACACCGUCGAGGUGGUGGGAUAUAACGAUAACGAGCAAAAGCCCAUGCACUGCCACGUUGGCACCUACGAAGCCAAGGCUGGCCAACUCGGCCUCUCCUGCGGCCCCUUUAAGGGCGGUACGAGCGGAUCUCCGUGGAUUGCCAGUUACGAUGCCAAGACGAAGCAUGGAAAUGUCAUCGGCAACAUUGGAGGAUGGCACACUGGUGGCUGCUCAUCCAGCGUCUCAUACUCGUCCAAGUACGGAGCCGGCACCCUGUCCGUGUUCAACCGAGCAAAUGCAGGGAGCCAUGGUGACAGUGUUAGGGGCGGGGCUUCGAGCGGUUGCUAA